UCUGCUAAAGCUCAGACACAAGAUGAACCCCACGCUUGCCGUCGCUGUGAAGAAGGCCGCGCGCUUCUCGCCCGCAGGCCGCCGCCUGUUUUCAUCGGGCAAGGACAUCCGCUUCGGCGUGGAAGGUCGGGCCGCUAUGCUUAAGGGCGCGGAUCAGCUGGCCAACGCCGUGCAGGUGACCUUGGGCCCCAAGGGCCGUAACGUGGUCAUUGACCAGUCGUACGGCGCUCCCAAGAUCACCAAGGACGGUGUGACUGUGGCCCGCAGCAUUGACUUCCAGGACAAGUUCGAGAACAUGGGCGCGCAACUCGUGCGCUCGGUGGCCAGCAGCACCAACGACGCGGCCGGUGACGGCACCACGUCGGCCACGGUGCUGACGCGCGCCAUCUUCAGCGAGGGCUGCAAGUCGGUGGCCGCCGGCAUGAACCCCACGGACCUGCGCCGCGGCAUCCAAAUGGCCGUGGACCACGUCGUGGACGGUCUGCAGAAGCUGUCGAUGGACGUGGCCGACAAGGAGAAGGUGGCCCAGGUGGCCACCAUCUCGGCCAACUCGGAGACGGAGAUCGGCAACCUCAUCAGUGACGCCAUGGAGCGCGUGGGCAAGGAGGGCGUGAUCACGGUGCAGGAUGGCAAGACGCUGUACAACGAGCUGGAGGUGGUCGAGGGCAUGAAGUUCGACCGCGGCUUCAUCUCGCCCUACUUCGUCACGGACAACAAGACCCAGUCGUGCGAGAUGGAGAACCCGUACAUCCUUCUGGUCGAGAAGAAGGUCUCGAGUCUGCAGGCCAUCAUCCCCAUGUUGGAAACGGUCGUGAAGCAGCAGCGUCCGCUUCUCAUCAUCGCUGAGGACGUGGAGAGCGAGGCCCUGGCUGCUCUUGUCAUCAACAAGAUCCGUGGUGGCGUCAAGGUGUGCGCCGUCAAGGCCCCCGGCUUCGGUGACAACCGUAAGGCCAGUCUGCAGGACAUGGCCGUGCUCACGGGCGCCACUGUGAUCUCGGAGGACCUAGGCCACCGUCUUGAGACGGCCACCCCGGAGAUGCUGGGUGGCGCCAAGAAGGUGACGGUCACUAAGGACGACACCCUGAUGCUGGACGGUGCCGGCUCGGCCGAGGCCGUGGAGGAGCGUGGCAACCUGCUGCGUGCCUCGAUUGAAGGUACCACGUCUGACUACGAGAAGGAGAAGCUGCAGGAGCGUCUGGCCAAGCUGAGCGGCGGUGUGGCCGUCAUCAAGGUGGGCGGUGCCAGCGAGGUUGAGGUCGGCGAGAAGAAGGACCGCGUUGUGGACGCCCUGAACGCCACCCGUGCUGCCGUGGCCGAGGGUAUCGUGCCCGGUGGCGGUGCCGCUCUGCUGUGGGCGUCGCGUUCGCUCAACACGCUGUACGACUCCUGCGCCAACCUGGACCAGAAGGUGGGCGUGGAAAUCGUGGAGCGCGCCUGUCGCGCCCCGGCCACGCAGAUCGCCAAGAACGCCGGCCACGAAGGCGCCGUCGUUGUGGGCAAGCUGCUGGAGAAUGACUCGCCCGAGCUCGGCUUCAACGCCCAGACCGGCGAGUACGUGAACCUGGUGGAUGCCGGUAUCAUCGACCCUACCAAGGUGGUGCGCACGGGUCUGGUGGAUGCCUCGAGUGUGGCGUCGCUUAUGAUGACGGCAGAGGCUCUUAUCGCCGACCACCCGGAGGAGGCGGCGCUGCUGCUCCUAUGGCGGCAUGGUGCAUGGGUGGAUGGGCGGCAUGGGCAUGAUGUAAGAAACCUGCCUGCUACCCGUCCGUUCCGUCAGCUUUGCGGAGAAAUCCGUGCGGGAGACGAUCCGAUGUGAAGCGUGGAGCUGUUGCGACUGAACGAAGGUGGCCAUGUAAUGUCGUGUGCAUCUACAUCUCGAGCGCCCUCGUUCUCAAGUACAGAAGAGCGUUAAGCAUAAAUAGAAUUAUUAGUUCGCAACCAAC